AUGUCCAGCAAAGCUCGCACCUUCCAACUCGGAUGCCGCAGUCACAUUCAAGCCGGCACACGACUGGAUAAAUUCCCAAUUUCUCCCACUUCAAUAACCGCUUCUCCCAUUCUUUCCUUCAUAGCUGCGCGAUCUUUUUCUUCCAACACCAAGGUCCGUCUCAUUAACGACUCUCGUAUCUUCAAUAGACCGGCCAGCUGCCGUCGAGCGCGCAAAGCAGCCCGCUAUGCCAGCACAAGCUCGGGCCCGAACCGACGAGCCAUUACCGUAACCAGCGAUGACGGGCGCUACAACUGGUCAGAAUUGAGCAUGGGGGAGAAAGCUGCGCGGGGGACUCAGCAGACGUUCAACUUCCUGCUCGUCUCGCUGGGCUUAGUUGGAACGGUCACCGUCUCUUACCUUUUGUAUACCGAACUCUUCGCUCCCGACAGCUCCACGAUCCAAUUCAACGCAGCAGUGAAACGCAUCAAGUCCUCUCCCGAGUGCCGCGCACUACUCGGCCCUUCGUCCCAGAUUAAAGCGUACGGUGAACCAACGUCGAACAAGUGGGCCCGCGCAAGACCGUUGGCGCAUAGUACCGAAGUCGACAAGUUCGGCACCACGCAUUUUCGCAUGCAUUUCAAUGUCGAGGGACCCGAAGGGAAGGGAGUCGUGGCGGUGCAUAUGACCCGACCAAGAGAUGGGGAUCGAUUGGAAUAUGAACUUUUGAGUUUGACUGUUAAGGGACAAGAGACGGUGUUUCUAGAGAAUAAAGAUGCGGAGAGAGGCGUCAAGGGGAAAGUUGGCAAGAUGUUUGGUGUGCAAUGGCGUUAG